UAUUAGGGCUUAAUUUUGAAUGAAACACUUGAAAUGUGAAUUAAGAAUUUUAAUUGAAUGGAGGUUUGUUGUGGGUUGGUCGUCUUACAUUCAAAAUUACAGUCAACUUUUAGAUUGAUUCAUUAAAUUUUCUUAAUUGAUUUUUUUAUGUUAUUUAAUGUUUGUAAUCUUUGAUUUAUUGUUUUAUGACAUCGAAAUGCAAAAUUAUUGACAACAUUACUUCAAAUCUCCCGCCAUAAGGAUAAAAGUUCACUAUGAAAUCCGGCAGGUGGCGCGAGAGAGCAAGUAAAAUGGUAUCGCCCAUGUGCUCUUACUCUUAGACUUGUUUAUUUUAAGUUUUAGUUGUUGUAUUGUAUCUUUGAAUAAAAAUGUUCUUUGAAAAGUAAUAAUUAUUUGUGCAUAGUUAUAAUUAUGUAUAGCUUUACACACGUCUCUAAAGUACUUCCCGCCUUAUCAUGCCGGUGUAAACAAACCGCCAUGUUGCACAAAAUGGACGACCCAUUAUAAGUGGUAAGUAUUUGUAAGUAUUCUGAAAAAGAAAAUAUUGUUAAAAAUAAUAACGUGAUAAAUUACAUAAAUAAUAGUUAAUAUUUAUGAAAUUAUCUUAAAAACGGGCUGAUGGCUUAAACCCUAAAAUUUCUUUUUAGUAUGUCUGUUGAUCGAUGACGUCAAUCUGUAUUACAAGUUGAGCCAAUGAGGUUCGCCGCCAGUUGGUCACGUGGGCUCAACCCUCCAAUAGGAAAAUGAGCCAUUCUUUGUGUACCUUUUCACAUAGCAAUAAAACAGAUUGUGGUUUUUAUGGAGUGAGUGGUGUUAUAUCUGUCAAUCUUAUGUAUUUAAAUACGUAAAUGUGUGAAAUUCAGGAUUUUGCUAUUGAGCAUAAGGAUAUUUACAUAAAGAAAUAUUCGGGGUGCUCAGAAAUGGACUUAUACAUCACCGAUUCACUCCAGGAUAUGCUGGACAUGGACAUCAAGAACGAGAUGGCCACAGAUCUAAGCAGUAUAACGGAUUUUCCGGAUUCACUGGGACUAAAUUUCUCCGAACUCCCUCCCCUAUUAGAUAUGGAUACAGAUAAUUCUGCAAUAUGGCUCAACAAUUCGUCUAGUUUUGUUCACAAUUUAGACCUAUACGGUUCCGAAGCAAACGCCGUAAUGGUGAAUCCAAAUUCUGUUAUGCCGUCCACAUUUGCUGAAACACCGGUAAAGAGCAUCGUGAAGGAAGAGGCGUCAAAUAUAUUGCUAACGUCAGCUGCCAGCAAUGAUUCUAAUAGCGAUAUUUCGGCACCUAGUCCUAAAGAGGAGAAGAGCCAUCUUACUUUCUCACCGAACACAAUUAAGGUGCCUAAGGUGGAGCCAGAAGAGCCCGCUGUCAAGAAACCCCUGGAAGAAGCCACACAAAUGGUCAUCUAUGUGCGAAAACAGGACAAGCAUGUAGUGAAAGAUCUAUUGAAGGACUUGGACACCAGCAAACUAAAGACGACCACCACGACAACACCCACUCAGACCGUCAGGAUAAAGGCAGCACAGGAACUAAUAAAAGUCAAUAAUAAAAACUGUUCAAUUCUGAACGCAAGCCAAAAAGUAACACAACAAUUAGGAACUAAAACAAUUAUUUCCGGCAAUAUUCAUAUAUUAGACGCACAGCAAUCUAGGACAAUUUUAGCAAAUAGUAACAAGAGUCAAGCGACAAUACUAAUUGACAACUCGUCGUUGAAUAAUAAUAGGCAAAUAAUUAAAACGUCGGUUAAUGGCGCGUUUACAGUGGACGCGAGCCAAGCGAAGUUUGUAAACACAACUACAAACAAGCACACAGCCGGGGCGGGAGAGUUCCCCAAGCCCGCGUAUUCUUACUCUUGUCUGAUCGCGAUGGCGCUCAAAAACUCCAGGACCGGUAGUUUACCGGUGUCCGAAAUUUAUAACUUCAUGUGUCAACAUUUCCCAUACUUCAAAACGGCGCCAAAUGGCUGGAAAAAUUCAGUACGUCACAAUCUUAGUUUAAAUAAAUGCUUUGAGAAAAUUGAGAAGCCUUCGACGAAUGGCAGUCAAAGAAAAGGUUGCUUAUGGGCCAUGAAUCCUUCAAAAGUGGGGAAAAUGGAUGAAGAAGUUCAAAAGUGGUCACGGAAAGAUCCUCAGGCUAUCAAAAAGGCGAUGGUUUAUCCAGAAAGCUUAGAAGCGCUAGAACGGGGCGAGAUGAAAUACAGCGGCGCGGCAGGAGACGCAGAAGACGACGACGCAGACGUGGAUCCUGACGCGGAGCUCGACGCGGACGUCGAGAUCGACCCUGAGAUCAAGACGGAGGUCGACGAGGAAGAAAUCAUUGAGCAGGAGGUGUCGGAGGGUGAGCUGGAGGUGGAGGCGGUGGCGGGCACGGGCAUGGUGGGCGGCACCUACCGCCUGCUGCACCACGCCUCCUACCAGGACCCCGACGACGAGCUCAGCGACAUCGAGGUGUUAGAUCAAUCCUAUGAAGAAAUCGAUAUUGAUGUAACAAAACCCAUGAAGUUGGACCUAUCAGUCACAGAAAAUUAUACGAUUCAUUCCGCGAAGAGGGCGAAGACCAGCUUCAUCUACCAGCCCGUCGCCGCGCAGGCGCACACCAGCCGGCGGAAAACGCCGCUCGUCAACCGCGUCGCGCUCAUCUAGACACACACACACACACACAUGUGUCUGCAGGGGCGAGUACCCUUACCACCACGCACUGACGUUGUCAACACUCGCACAUACGUCAGUACGAGCGAGACGCAUAACAAGUUAAGUGGACGAUAGCGUGCCAGUGUUGACACUGUCGGUGACUCGUGGUAACGUAGGCGGUAGGUAGUUUAGCGUAGGCCAACCAGUGAUCGUUCUGUUCCAUUAAAAUUUAAAUAAUGUCAAAUUCGAAUUCUAAUAAUUAAGUCGAGCGUGUGGUGCCCGUUUUUGGCACGUAAAAAGUAUGCCCGUAGUGAGACUCCGCCUCGCGAGCGGACACUUGUUACAUAUCUUACACUGUAUAUUAGUUUAGUUUAAGGGGAAACCGAAGCUCACGCGCCGCUCUGGCGUUCGCUAGUGAGGUCCGUGAAAGUUUAUUAAUGGUUCUAUGAAAUAAAUACUAGUGUUCAAACGUAGGCGAUACGAGUAUGAAAUGUUCCCAUAGUAGUUUUUAAGGGGCCGUGUCGCGGCCGCAUCGUGAGUACAAAAACGUUUCUGCUACUGUAUUGACACUUUUAUACGUUUACUGAAAGAUUCCGUUACGUAUUGCAACUAUUGAUAAAAUUCGUACUAAUGUUUUUUUAUGUAACUCGCCUCUUCUCUUUAACUUAUAAAAGGGAACUGGAAGUUCGAGUACAGCAUUAGGACUUACUAAAUAUAAGUACACCAAGUAGAUAAGAUAAAUUAAUGAAUAAUAGUGUAAGCGAAUAAUUCAUUCCAUCUGCGACGACUUCUACAGUUCUUUACCAAUUUGCUCGUAAUGAAUUGAGCACCAUUGACAAGAACUCUAGAUCCGUUGAUCGACUAAAGUCUCGAUACAGUAGCGCACACGCGCACCAUAGCGGGUAUUAAGUAAGUUCCCACCGCUAUUACAUUUAUGUUCUACUUUACAUAAGACAGUUGACACUGGCAGCUCUAGUCUGUUAAGCAAUAUAGUGCCAAAUAUUGUUCCACGGAAUAAGUAAAGCGUGUCGGCUACAAGUCAAGUAAUUUCGCUUGUUAUAUCUAGGGACAUCGCACGACUUAUAGACUCGACAUGACAUGUUCGUACUGUAUCUCUGAGGCCUGUUUACACAUUGACCAGUGUUCAUUGCGAGUUCACACACUUUCUAUUACAACUCGCGAUAAAUGCUAAUCAAGUAAUCUUGUGUAAACAGGCCCUAAUGUAUGCCAGCCUCACUUACCCGUAUUGACCUUUGACAAUAGUAAGUUGUGUUAUGUCUAUCUAUAUACUGGUACUGGAACAACUAUGUGGCACUAUACAGUUUUAUUUGUAACCUCCAAUCACGCAACUCUACGGUCUUGACAACAUGCAAUUAGAUGCUAAGGUCGUGUCACGGAAAAUGCAAACGUGGUUCAGUAACUAUGACUUGUGUUUGUAUGAGUCAGUAUUUGUGUGUAACUGUACUCGACCAAUAUUAGAGCAAUGAACUUCUAUACCAGUUGGUAUUGGUACAGAAGCUACGCAAACAAUGUCUGCAUUUGUCUUGUUAUGGCUGUUUUUCGGCACAACAUUAUUGUUUUGUUGUAAAGGCAAAUAUUAGACGAGCGAUGAUGGAAGGUUUUUACCAAAAGAAAUGACUCUUCUCUGAGC